UGUUCAGAUAUUCCAUGAUGAAAUCCACGUUGGCACUUUGCUUGGCCUUGGCCACCCUGACCACUGCUGCUGUCCUUCCUGAUCAGGCGCACCACGAGAACGUGCCCAUCGUGCACCAAGAACAUGAGGUGUCCAUAGAUGGCACCUACCACCACUCCUACGAAACUGCCAAUGGCAUAGUAGCCGAAGAGCACGGUGUCCUGAAAAAUGCAGGCACAGAUGCGGCUGCCGAAGAGGUGCAGGGUUCCUACUCUUACACUGCUCCAGAUGGCACCCCUAUCAGCGUGAAGUACAUUGCUAACGAGCAUGGAUUCCAGCCGGAAGGAGCGCACUUACCGGUCCCCUCUGAGACCAUCGCUAGGUCCAUCAAGUACAAUCUGGAACAUGCUGAGCCUGAAGAAAACCACCAACGUUAUCACCCAGUUCCAACCCAUCCAGCAUACACUGCUACCCAUGGACAUGGAUUCCAUAUUUAAGUAAAUAAAUACUUGUUUUGUACAAAUAAAUAUAGAAGAGCU